UCGUUCACUCGAUUUUGUGUCAAAAAUUCAUUCUGUCGCUGUCGUCGCGUCCGGUCCGAAAGUGGUUGAAGAAUUUUAUGAAUUGCUAAUAAAAUGCAUGAGCGGGUCUGUUAUAAAAAUAAUAUUAAGAAAUUAAUAAAAUAUGAAUUUUCCAAUAUGUUUGUCGAGUAGUGUAUAAAAUUCUGCAGUGCAUGUGCAAAUGAAAUUGCUUGCGUCGGUAUUGCUGAAAGAUACCGUCGUCGUGCCAAAGGAGACGGAGAAAAGUGCACAAAUACGAUUUUGUUUGUCGACGUCUGCAAAAGCAGAUGGAAAAAAGCCAAACAGCAAAACAAAGAGUAAAAAAUUCAUAUGUGAAAUAAUUGAAAAUUGAGAAAGCGAAAAUUUGUUCGCGUUUUUUUGAAGGUUGAAGUGGCAGUGGCGGACUAUUGCCAAUAAUUGGACUUACAUCCUUUGAAUAGUAUUCCCUUAUUCCUUAUGCUUAUGAAAGGAUACGUAGAAAUCCAUAUGCAUUAUACGUCAAACAGUUGGCUGCAAAGGAUGAUUAAAAUACAAAGUUUUGAAAUGCUAAUUGAAGUUAUAAAAACGAUACAAGUGUUGUGAUGUAGUCCUAUUACUAUCCACUUUCUGCCUGAAGCAGACAAUCUAUCUUAAUUUUUAAUGAGAACAGCAAUAGCCUGUGUGAAAUAGUAUGGAUUUCUUAAAAUGUAAUAAUUGAAUAAAUUGUAUACACACGUGUCCUUAAACUAGAAGAGUGAAUUGUGAAUUACAUAUCGUGAAACUCGAGUACUCGAAUGUUGCAUUUUCUCGAGCUGACAGAAAUUGUAUGAGCUCGCUAUUGUUGGCAGAUACCUUUUUCCUUUGCGGCGUCACAGUUGGUGUUGUCGAAUUCGUUUCAUCCUUUUGAAGCAGCUGCUGCGCAGCAGUGUGCUCCACUUACAAACAUAUUUGUACAUACAUAAACUUUUCGUAUUUUACGUAGUGCCACAUUUCGGAGACUGUCGCGUGUGUAUGUAGAACGAUUUCCUACAGCAACAAUUGCUAAAACUAGCAUACCUUGAGUGUAAACCAUACAAUUUUUCUUCAAAAAGCUGUAGUAUAUACAAAAUGCCACCAGCUGCAUUGAUUGGAAUCGCAGAGUUUGUGGAGGAGACUCGCGAUGAUUAUAAUUCUCCAACAACAUCGACAUUUGCAUCAAGAAUGCCAGAUUGUCGUCAAACCAUUGCUAUAUUAGAAGAGCGUCUCGAAUUCGAUCGUGAAGGGCUCACAAAGCUGAAAAAGGCAGUGAAAGCGAUACACAAUUCCGGAAACACACAUGUGGACAAUGAAAUGUUUCUGGUGCGCGCAUUGGAGCGUCUUGGCGGCAAGGUAAUUGACCAAGAUGAGCCGGAUAUCGGUGCCGCUUUUCUCAAGUUUUCCGUCGUCACAAAAGAGCUCAGCGCUUUAAUGAAGACGCUGAUGCAAAACAUCAACAACAUCAUCAUGUUUCCGGUGGAUUCAAUGCUGAAAAGCGAAUUGCGCGGUGUGAAGGGCGACAUGAAACGACCUUUCGACAAGGCUGCCAAGGAUUACGAAGCGAAAUUUAUAAAAAUCGAAAAGGAAAAGAAGGCACAAGCCAAAGAGGCAGGUAUGGUACGCACCGAAAUCGAUGCAGCUGUCGUAGCAGAUGAAAUGGAAAAGGAGCGUCGACUUUAUCAGCUACAGACGUGUGAGUAUUUGCUGAAAUAUAAGGAAAUUAAAACAAAAACUGGUAUCGAGCUGCUGCAGCAUUUCAUCGAGUAUUAUCACGCGCUAAAUAAUUACUUCAAGGAUGGCCUACAAACAAUCGAACACUUUGGCACGUACAUUUGUGAUUUAAGCGAGAAAUUGCAGCAGAUCAAGCAAAAGCAAGAUGAGGAUCGUCGCAGUUUGCUCGAUUUGCGAACACUUUUGCGCAGCACGCCAGAUUUCGAGCGCGCGGAGAAUGUGCCAUCCGAGAAGGGUGCUGCGAAUGCUGGUGGCUACUCAUUGCAUCAACUGCAAGGCGACAAACAUCAUGGUGUGACACGUUCGGGUCAUCUGUUGAAGAAGAGUGAAGGCAAAGUACGUCGCGUCUGGCAGAAGAGGCGUUGUCGGGUAACAGCGGAUGGUUUUCUGGACAUCUGCCAUGCGGAUGAAUCGAAACCGCCAACACGUGUCAAUUUGUUGACAUGUCAAAUCAAGCCAGUACCAGAUGACAAGCGCGGCUUUGAUCUAAUCAGUUACAAUCGUCCGUACCACUUUCAAGCUGAAGACGAGGCGGACCAGAAAGCUUGGAUGGCUGUUUUGGUAAACUGUAAGGAGAAGGCUUUAGCUAAAGCAUUCCAGCAUGCGAAUCCGCAAAUGAGUCCGAGUUUAGUGGAACUUCAAAAGACUGUUAUACGAUACGUCCAAAUGCUACCCGGCAAUGAUCAGUGUUGCGAUUGUGGUUCCCGCAAUGAUGUCACCUGGAUCAGUCUGAAUUUCGGCAUACUCGUCUGCAUACAAUGCUCGGGUGUGCAUCGUGACCUGGGCGUUCAUCAUUCGCGUAUACAAAGCCUCACAUUAGACAAUUUGACCACCGCAAAUCUGCUGAUUGCACGCGCCAUGGGUAAUAGUACACUCAAUGAAAUUAUGGAGGCAACAUUGGGCAAGGGUAAACUCACACCAGACAGUGCAAUGGAAGAGCGAUAUGAUUUCAUACGUGCGAAAUAUGUUGCGAAACGUUAUGUGAUGCGCACCUGUGCGGACGACAAUGAAUUACGUUGUGAUCUCGAACAAGCUAUUGUUAACGCAGAUAUGAGUCAGUUGUUGCAAGUGUGGGCCGAAGGCGCUGAUCUCACUUGUUGUCUUCCCUCGUCGGAUGCGGGCGAAACGGCAUUGCAUCUGGCCGUACUGCGUGAAAUGAUGGGCUCCACGUUGCACAUUGUUGAUUUUCUUAUUCAGAAUAUGCCACCAAAGGGUCUAAAUAAGGCCACAAAUCCGCCAAGUAUUAUCGAUGCGAUCGGCAAGAAUACCGCGCUUCAUUUAUGUGCAUUGCAUGAUCGGCGGGAGUGCAUUAAAUUAUUAUUGCGUUCUGGUGCCGAUUAUGAAAUGCGUAAUUCACAAAACAAAACACCACUGGAUAUUGCCAAAGAAAUGGGUCAUAACGCCUGUAAAGAGCUGAUUGAAUGUGCCAUGCGACGUGAAAAGAGCGCUUUCGAUCACAUUAAUACUGAUUGGAAUUUGCCAAAUGAGGAUGGAUCCACGGAUUUCUCUGAUGAUGAUACAGUGAUCGAUGAGCGGAAGUCGCGUUCACGUCCACCUAGCUUUGCUGGCGGUGACUCGCCGGUGCUGCGUUCUCGUUCCUCAACAUGUGAUUCUAUACAAAGCAGUUCUAGUCCGAUUGCCAAUUGCCCCAGUAGGCAGUUCACAUUGCCGUCCGGUGUAGCCACGUACCCACAAUCAGCGGGCACGUCGCCCAAGCAACAUGUCUCAAUGGGUCAUUAUUUAAGCGGUGGCGGCACUGUUGAUACCGGUGGUCGCGGUGGUAAUAACGCUGGCGGUGGUGGUUCCAGUCCUAGUUCGGCUUCAAGCCAAAGUGGACGCGUCUCAAGAAGCAUUGUAAAUAGCGAGCUGGUGCACAUACCAGGUGCACGUAAGUCAACAUCCACAGCAAAUAUGAAUUCUUUAAAAAAGCGUACUGCGCCUGCUCCCCCGCCAGGUGUGGUUUCAUCUGUUAUCACAACCACUACUAAUUCCAUGUACGGUACGUUGCCUCAUCCGCCGCGUCAUUCGCAAAAUUUCGAUAGCAGCGAUUUACGAAAUUUAAAUCACAAAAAUCAGUCGAUGGACGUAGUGUAUGGAACUUUGCCGCACUUGCGUUCAAUGGAUGGCAGCCCGAGGAUUAGCGGUAGUCAUGGCACCAUGCAUAGUUUUUACGAUCGCUACGAUAAAACGCAAGUGGUGUCACAAGAUCCCAGUGGCGGGAGCGCUGGUAAUGUGUUGCCGGUUAUGACCACGUUUGGACAUAAACGUUCACCAAGUGGUGAAUCCGUUAAUCGUAAUUUCCAUUUGGCCGGCGCGAAAUUGGUGCUUCCGCCAGCGGGUGAAAUUCCAACAUUAAAGCAUGUGGACAAAUCGGCAUUGACACGGCCAAAAAUUCCACCACCAGGACCACCACAAGAACGAGAAAUUUCCAAUGGACAAUCAAAUGAGAGUAUAUGUUCAAUGGAUGACGGAGGACCGGUAGCGCCACCGAGGAAGCUUAUCAAUCAAUCUAUGAACUAUAGUGACUAUGAACCCUGGCAUGCAACCGAGUUGGAUUCCUCGGGGGGACGAGGCGGCGGAAACGGUGGAGGUGAUGGACACGCUCGAGGUGGUAGCGGUAGUAGCGGUGGCGGUUUGGAUAAUUCCGCCGACUCAAAUCUAUCGUCAAGUGACAAUGAUCGCAUCAGUUCUUCGCCAGACAAUCAACUGAAAAGUGGCACCAGUAGCAGUGGUGGUGGUGGUGGUGGUGGUGUUGGGGGUGGAAAAUACAACUAUAAUGGACAUCGUCGUUGUCGCGCCUUAUACGAUUGCGCUGCGGAUAAUGAUGAUGAGUUAGAAUUCAAAGAAGGUGAAAUAUUAAUAGUGCUUAAUGAACGCACCGAUGAUGAAAAUUGGAUGGAAGGCGUAAUUGAGGGCGAUCCCACGAGACAUGGCAUGUUCCCAGUCAGCUUUGUACAUAUGCUACCUGAUUAGACGAAUGAUCAAAAGUGCAAAUGCAAUAAUGACGGUGAAUAAAAUAUCGUGAAGGAAUGCUGUGCAUUAUCCCAACGACUUACUCAGUGUACAAGUGAAGUAAAGAGAAUAGGAUUGCAGUAAACCUUAACAAUAUUGACGCACAGGCGAAAACGUAUUAUAUACUCUUAUAGAUGUAAAAUGAACAAAAACGAAAACAUAAAUACUGGUUUGUUACUUGAUAAAAAAAAA